AUGAAGGCCUCUAGCACGCUUCGAUAUUACAAGGUGGUGGGGUGCUGCCUGCCCACCCCCAAGUGCCACACACCACCCCUCUACUGCAUGAGCAUCUUUGCACCUAGCCACGUUGUUGCCAAGUCCCGCUUCUGGUACUUUGUGUUUCAACUGAAGAAGAUGAAGAAGUCUCCAGGGGAAAUCGUUUACUGUGGGCAGGUGUUCAAAAAAUCCCCCCUUCGGGUGAGGAACUUUGGCAUCUGGCUGCGCUACAACUCCCACAGUGGCACCCACAACAUGUACCGAGAGUACCUGGACCUGACCACCACAGGCACCGUCACCCAGUGCUACCAAGGUAUGGGGGACCGGCACCGUGCCCAUGCCCACUUAAUCCAGAUCAUGAAGGUGGAGGAGAUUGCAGCCAGCAAGUGCCGCCAUCCAGCAGUCAAGUAGUUCCACGAUUCCAAGAUCAAGUUCCCGUUGACGCACCAGGUCCUUCGUCGCCAGCACAAGCCACA